AUGUCGUUCAUAUUUGAAUGGAUCUACAAUGGCUUCAGCAGUGUGCUGCAGUUUCUAGGAUUAUACAAGAAGUCUGGCAAGUUAGUCUUCUUGGGCUUGGAUAAUGCAGGCAAAACCACCCUUUUGCACAUGCUAAAAGAUGACAGAUUGGGUCAGCAUGUUCCUACACUGCAUCCAACUUCAGAAGAGUUGACCAUUGCUGGAAUGACAUUCACAACUUUUGAUCUUGGUGGCCACGAGCAAGCUCGACGUGUCUGGAAGAACUACCUACCAGCAAUCAAUGGGAUUGUCUUUUUAGUGGACUGUGCAGAUCACUCACGUCUCAUGGAAUCCAAAGUGGAGCUUAACGCACUAAUGACUGAUGAAACAAUAUCCAAUGUGCCGAUUCUUAUCUUGGGUAACAAAAUUGACAGACCAGAAGCUAUCAGUGAGGAGAAGCUGCGAGAAAUUUUUGGGCUUUAUGGACAGACCACAGGAAAGGGGAGCGUGCCACUGAAGGACUUGAACACACGCCCCAUGGAAGUGUUCAUGUGUAGUGUGCUGAAGAGGCAAGGCUAUGGUGAAGGUUUCCGUUGGCUAUCGCAGUACAUUGACUGAUAUUUGGAGAGAUGGAUCUACGUCUGGACUGAUCCUGUUCACAGCUUCCUUAUGGACUUUUCUAUUAGAACAUGGAAGGCUCUCCGACCGCAUACUGGCAGUGACCCAGAGAUUUCUGUCUUCAGUUACCCUACAACACAGUGGUGACACAAUUCUUUUCCUCUUGCCUGGGAGAUUACACUCUGUGCACUGGUGUAGGUUGUCGCAUCCAGUGGCC